AUGAAACGCUUUCUUCCCACACUUUUGCUUUUGCAGCUAUUGCCUGGAUGGCUCGCGGCGGCCGAGAUCGACUUCGUCCGUGACGUUCGUCCGAUCCUGGAAAAGCACUGCUACGAGUGCCACGCCGGCGACGUUCGCAAGAGUGGGCUCCGCUUGGACAUCCGCAGCGAAGCGAUGAAAGGGGGCGAGCUUUACGGUGAAGCAAUCUUGCCCGGCGAACCUGGCGACAGUCCUUUGGUGCAGUUUAUUGCCGAUGAGAAUGCGGACCUCGUGAUGCCACCAGAUGGCGAACGUCCAACCGCCGCCGAAAUUGCCACGCUGACCCAAUGGGUCGAACAAGGCGCCAAUUGGCCUGACGGGGUCGAUCGCGUCAAACUGGAAGACCCGCGCGACCAUUGGUCGUUCCAGCCGGUCGCCGCUUCCGAUCCACCGCCAACGAAGAACACCACCUGGGCUCGCAGCGAGAUCGACCGUUUCAUUCUCGCUCGCCUGGAAGAAGCUGGGCUGCAGCCGUCGCCGGAAGCGGAUCGCCGCGAUUGGCUUCGCCGUGUCACGUACGAUUUGAUUGGUCUUCCCCCCACACCGCAGGAAGUGGAAGCCUUUCUGGCCGACGAUAGUGAUCAGGCCUACCAGCGUGUUGUCGAUCGCCUCCUCGCUUCUCCGCGCUAUGGCGAACGUUGGGCCCAGCAUUGGCUGGACGUGGCCCGUUAUGCCGACACGCAUGGUUUCGAGGUCAACACCGAACGUUCCAACGCGUGGCCCUAUCGCGACUACGUGAUCGAGUCGCUCAACGAAGACAAACCAUACGAUCAGUUCGUCCGCGAACAGUUGGCCGGCGACACGAUGGACGAGAUCCCUGCGACCGGAUUUUUAGUCACCGCGUCGGUACUUUUGCCAGGCCAAAUCGGUAAAGACGAAGCCUCCAAACGCCUGGCCCGGCAAGACUCGCUCGACGAGAUCGUCACGAACAUCGGCACGGUGUUUCUCGGCCUAACCGUCAAUUGUGCUCGCUGCCAUAACCACAAGUUCGAUCCGAUCUCGCAGCGUGACUAUUACGAGAUGCAAGCGUUCAUCUCUGGCGUCGAAUACAAAGACCGCAGCUACGAGAAGCCGCUUACCGCCGAACAAGAGCAACAACUCCUCGCGUGGAAACAACGCCACGCCGAGAUUGAUCAGCUGUUGGUACCGUUCGCUCCGUUGGCUGGUUCCAACACGAAGCGGUCCAUGGUGAACUCGUUUGAAAAUUGGGAUCGCUUCGAGCCGAUCCGCACCCAACAAGUUCGCUUCACCAUUUUGAAGACGAACAAGUACGAACCCUGUCUGGACGAGCUCGAAGUGUUCAACACGCAGGGCGAGAAUGUCGCCGCAGCCAAACGUGGCGGCAAACCAAGUUCCUCUGGCGAUAACGUCAACGUCAACCGGCACGAACUCCGUUUCGUGAACGAUGGCAACUACGGUAACUCGCGCAGCUGGAUGUCUAACGCCGUCGAAGGAGGUUGGGUCUCGAUCGAGUUCGCCCAACCGGAAGAGAUCGACCGU